UCACCGCCUGGCGGGCGAUCGUUGGACGAACAAGAUAAGACGGCGGCGGACUUUGGAUUACGUCAGCGACCUGCAGCUUUUUGGCGAAAAGGAAAAUGGCGUUAGAGCUCCACCUCCCGACCUUCCUCUCCUCCUCCCUCCGCUCUUCCUCCCCCUCCCCUAAGAUCUCCACCCCCCAAACCCUAACCCUAACGCUAAGGGGCCCAAGCUUUCGCACGCGGAGGCGGAGAUCGCUUCUUCCUCGGUCGCGCUCCUUCACUGUGUCCGCUUCUCUUCCUACUCUCGAUCUCACCGAAGACAACAUCAGGAAGGUCCUAAUCGAUGCUAAAUCCGAGUUGGCCCAGAUCUUCGAUGGAUCAGUUGGCAUAACAGGGCAAGUGGAUCUUGCUGAAUUAGAUGGCCCAUAUGUGAAGCUUCGCCUGAAGGGCCGGUUUUGGCACACACGCGCCACAGUCGUGGCGCGUGUCGGUAAUUAUCUCAAAAACAGGAUCCCGGACAUUUUGGAGGUGGAUAUUGAAGAUGACAAACAACUGGAUGAUAGCCCAGCAAACUUUUGAGGGAGAUGAAAGAUAAAGGAUGCCUGUGACAGGAUAUCAGCUUCAAUUAUGUGGGGUGUUUAGGGAAGGCGUCGAGUUUCGCACUCUCGACUAAUGGGACCAACAUUCGCAGAUGUUUUUGUAUCUUUUUAGAAUUCCUCAAUGUAACUUGUACCCGGACAACUAGUGGAUUCCGAAAAACAAAAUUAUGUGGAGUUUUUGAGAAGGAAAGGAACGGCGCACUCUUCUCAAAGAAUCUUAAUGUUUUCUCAGGAACUUUUCUGCUCACUGUUAUCUGUGCAGCUACAGCGGAAAAGAUAAACAACACUAUGGGAACAUUGUUUCUGGGCUCUUUUUCGAUCCUUCAGAUGACGACCUCUUAUUUGUAAGUUCUACAGUGUUGUAGGUGUUUGCAUUUUUUUUUUUUUGGUUCUUUUUGUCAGUUUUGUUUUGCGAAAGUAACACGAGUUAUUUUCUACCUGUUUGAAAGUGCUAACAAGCUGAAUAUUUGAGCAAGAACUCUUGAAUAUUUUCACCUUACAUGUAUAAUUAUUUUCCGUUCUGCA